AUGGCCAACGUGCAGCAGACACAAGCCUUCUAUGGCCUAACCCUCGAACAAGCCUCGGCGCCGACAUCCGCCAUCCUCUGCAAUGCGAUCCCAGGAUUGAAGACGGCCGACCAGCAAAUCUUCGAAGCUCGAGGCCAGCACAUUUCACUGCAUCGCAUCACCGAAAGCGCAGAUCGCACUGAGCGCACAGUGACGACGGUACUUGAUCAGGAUGUCUUUGGCAUCGUACGUGGCGUGACAGCCUUCCGCAUUCCGGGAACAUCGACAGAUCAACUUAUUGUCUCUUCAGACUCCGGCAGAGUGUCCGUCAUAAACUACGACGCCGAGCAGAACCGCUUCAACAAAGUCCACCUCGAGACAUAUGGCAAGUCGGGUGUUAGGCGGACGAUACCGGGGCAGUACCUCGCCAGCGACACACGAGGACGAUGUAUCAUGCUGGCGAGCGCCGAGAAGAACAAGGUCGUGUACAUGAUGAAUCGCAAUGCAGACGGCACAAUACAGAUCAGCAGUCCACAUGAGGCAAACCAGUGGGGCAGUCUAUGUUUUGCAGUUUGCGCGCUGGACACUGGUUGGGAGCCGCCAGUCUUUGCCGCCCUGGAGGUGGACUACACAGAGGCGGAGAGCGACCCGACAGGCACAAUGUACGAGAAGCGGGAGAAGCAGCUGGUAUACUACACUGUCGAUCUUGGUCUGAACCAUGUUGUAAAGAGCUGGAGCGACACGGUGGACUACACUGCGAACAUGAUCUUUGGUGUACCUGGUGGGCAGGAUGGACCAUCUGGUGUGUUGGUGUGCGCUGAGGAUCGCAUCUACUACAGACACGACAAGCACGCUUCUCUCAGCAUACCGAUCCCGCGACGGAAAGGUCCGACAGAAGACCCGAACAGAAAGAGAAUCAUCGUUGCUGGCUGCCUGCAUCUAGCAAAGACACGACACGAGUUCUUCUUCCUCUUGCAGACAGAAGAUGGCGACGUUUUCAAGCUCAGCAUGGCCAUGGAGGAAGACGCUCAAGGCCGAACCACAGCAAAUCCGGAGCGCAUCAUCUUGAAGUACUACGACACAUUCCCGGUGGCAAGGCAGAUGCUGCUACACAAGAAGGGCUACCUGUACAUCGCCACCGAAAACGGCAACAGCCAACUCUUUCACAUCGAUGAUCUGGCAGACGACCUGGAGUUCGAGCCACACAACACAUUCACGUCUGACGACGUCUCACCUGAUCCAGGAGACAGCUACGAACCAUUAUACUUCCAACCUCGCGAACUUACCAUGACCCACUUGGCUGUCGAUAUCCCAGGACUGCAUCCUCUGUUGAAGACAAAGGUCGACAACCUCACAAACGAAGAUGCGCCACAAGUCUACGCGAUACAAGGAACUGGUAACAAGAGUCAAUUCAAGACGAUCAGGCAUGGUCUGGAUGUCGAGGUCCUCAUCAACAAUAGUAUGGGUAAUGUGCCGUACGACAACAUCUGGACCUUCAAACAUCGGUCGAGCGACGAGCACCACAAGUAUCUUCUGUUGAGCAGCAGCUAUGGUGAUCUCACUAUCGCCUGCUCGAUUGGAGAUUCUGUCGAACAAAUCGAAAGCUCGCCUUUCCUGGAGAACCGUGCGACUGUACAUGCACAGCAGAUGGGUGAUGCCACAUUAGUGCAGGUACACGCACGCGGUAUUCGAAGUAUACUCGAGUCCGGCGCCCACAACGAGUGGCAAUCACCCGCGCAUCGCACUGUCGUCGUGGCUUCGGCAAACGAGCGACAACUUCUGCUGGCUUUGAGCUCCGCCGAACUAGCCUUCUUCUUUAUGGGCGACGAUGGCAUUCUGAACCAGCUUGAGGAAAUGCCCGAAAUGAGCGGCAAGAUCACAGCACUCUCGGUCGGUCAAACACCGCGGGGACGACAACAAGCGAAAUAUGCUGUUGUCGGAUGUGAUGACUGCACUAUUCGUGUCUUGAGCAUCGAGCUCGAUUCGCCGUUAGAGCCACGCAGUGUGCAAGCUCUAUCGGCCAUACCGACCUCACUCGAAGUCGUCGAGAUGCUGGACCCUGCGUCAAAUACAACAGUCAACGUCGUGCACAUUGGUCUACAAUCAGGUCUGUACCUGCGAGCCGUCAUCGACGAGACCACUGGUGAGCUCGGCGACGUGCGAACGAAGUUCCUUGGUACUCAGCCGCCGCGACUCUGCCCUGUCGAGGUCAACGACCAAGAUUGCAUCUUGGCCUGCUCAAGUCGUCCUUGGCUGGGCUUCAACCACCCACAAACCGACCUCUACACCGUCACUCCGCUCAUCACAGAACCUAUCAACGCCGCACGAUCAUUCAUCAGCCCUGAUCUGAGCGGUCUCUGCGCCAUUCAAGGCUCAUCACUUCUCAUCUUCACAGUCCCAUCGAUAGAGGGACGAUUAUCACACAGCACAAUCGAUUUGGCGUACACACCCCGAUCCAUGACCCGCAACCCGUGGUAUCCAGUAUGGUACGUCGCUCAAAGUGACGGCAAUGCACUUUCCAAGGCCACUCGAGAUCAGCUUCGGGGCAAGGCCAUCGAUGACGACGACGAGGCGACAGCACUCGAGAAGCACCUGGGCCUGCCUCGCGGCGCGCAGCAUUGGGCUUCGUGUAUACAGGCUGUGGACCCGGUGACAAAGAAUGCUGUCGUAUCCACUGUCGAGCUUGCCGAGAACGAGGCAGCACUGUGCUGUACCUGUGUCGCAUUCGAAUCGAGGGACUGGGAAGUUUAUCUUGCGGUCGGUACUGGCCAACACAUGCAGCCCGGCACUGGCGUCCAGGCUGUUGGUUAUGUUCACAUCUACAAGCUAGUCGAAGACGGCACCAAGCUCGAGUUCGUCCACAAGACAAAGUUCGACCAGCCAGUCUACACCGUUCUGGCCUUUAACGGUCGCCUCGCUCUAGGUGUCGGAAACGAGCUCUUCAUCUACGACAUGGGCAUCAAAGCCAUGCUCCGCAAAGCCCGUGGCCAAGCAGUCCCCAACCAAAUCGUCAGCCUCGAAGCCCAAGGCAACCGCAUCGUAUGCGGAGACGUCAGCGAAGGCAUCACAUACGUCGUUUACAAGCCCAAAUUCAACCGCAUGAUCCCCUUCGUCGACGACGUCGUACAACGAUGGACCACCUGCACCACCAUGGUCGACUACGAAACCGCAGCAGGAGGCGACAAAUUCGGUAACCUCUGGGUCGUGCGCUGUCCCGAACAGCCCAGCCAGGAAGCCGACGAAGAAGGUGCCGGCGGCUUCAUCAUGAACGAGCGCAGCUACCUCAACGGCGCACCCUACCGUCUCGAUCUCCGCGCCCAUUACUUCUGCCAAGACAUCCCGACAAGCAUGCAGCGCACCGCCCUCGUCGCCGGAGGCCAAGAAGUCUUGUUCUGGUCCGGUCUGCAGGGCACACUCGGCAUGCUCGUCCCCUUCGUCACACGUGAAGACGUCGAGUUCUUCACGCAGCUGGAACAGCAAAUGCGCGCUGAAGACCCUCCGUUGGCGGGACGGGAUCAUUUGAUGUAUAGAUCCUACUACGUGCCUGUGAAGGGUGUGAUUGAUGGUGAUCUCUGCGAGCGGUUCAUGCAUCUGAGCUAUGAUAGUAAGCAGAAGAUUGCCGCGGAGGUGGAUCGAGGGGUCAAGGAGAUUGAGAAGAAGAUUCAGGAGAUGAGGACGAGGGUUGCGUUUUAG